CGCCAGGCCCGCGCUCCCUCGGAACCUGGAAGGGGCAGAGGAGGGAGAGGCCGCUGAGGGUGCCCCUGAGGAGAGGACCUGUGGUGGAAGAAGAUUGUGCGUCGGGUCCUAGCAGCCCGGGUCGGGAUGGUCGGGGAGGUGGGAGAUCUCUCCUCUGACAUCAGGACUCUGCUGCAAACAGUGAAACUCUAUGGGAAAUUGCAAAAGCUGAAGUCGAAAAAAGAGGGACUAGUGGAAGUGAACACAAUGGAGUUGAAAUUGGAGAAAAAUCUGUUUUCUUCAUCGGCAGUAAAAAUGGGUGCCUGUGGAGUUAAGAAAUAUUCAGCAGGAACUGAAAAAAUGGCAAGAAUUUAUAAAUUUGAAAGUUAUAAGCACUUAAGGGAUUAAUGGAAGAAAUGGCUACAGAAGAUGUGGCUCAGGGAAAGACUACUAUUAUUCUAAGGUGUCUUGACAGGGAUGAGCCACCAAAACCAACCUUGGCUUUGGAAUAUACCUAUGGACGAAGAGCAAAGGGGCACAACACGCCUAAAGAUAUUGCUCACUUUUGGGAACUGGGUGGAGGAACCUCUUUAUUGGAUUUAAUCAGCAUACCAAUCACAAGUGACACCUUACGGACAUUUUCUAUUGUUCUUGUUUUGGAUCUUUCAAAACCAAAUGACCUUUGGCCCACCAUGGAAAACCUGUUGCAAGCCGCAAAAAGCCAUGUAGAUAAAGUGAUAAUGAAAUUGGGAAAGGUAAAUUCUAAAGCAGCUUCUGAAAUGAGACAGAAGAUUUGGAGCAACAUGCAGAAGGACCAUCCAGAUCGUGAAUUAAUUGACCCAUUUCCAAUACCUCUGGUCAUAAUUGGAAGUAAAUAUGAUAUUUUCCAGGAUUUUGACUCUGAGAAGAGAAAAGUAAUAUGCAAGACACUUCGAUUUGUUGCACAUUAUUACGGAGCAUCAUUAAUGUUCACCAGUAAAUCAGAAGCUCUGUUACUAAAAAUACGUGGAGUUAUCAACCAGUUGGCAUUUGGCAUUGACAAAAGCAAAUCGAUAUGUGUGGAUCAGAAUAAACCACUGUUUAUCACAGCAGGAUUGGAUUCUUUAAGUCAAAUAGGGUCUCCUCCUGUUCCUGAUAAUGACAUUGGCCAGUUUCAUGCCCAUUCACCAAUGGAACUGUGGAAAAAAGUAUAUGAAAAGCUCUUUCCACCAAAGAGUGUCAACACGCUGAAAGAUAUCAAGGACCCCGCACGAGAUCCUCAGUAUGCUGAAAGUGAAGUUGAUGAGAUGAGAAUACAGAAAGAUCAGGAGCUGGAACAGUACAAAAAGAGUUCUUCCAAGUCUUGGAAACAAAUUGAUCUUGAGUCCUGAAUCUAACUCAGCUGUUGUGUAUCUACUUAUUUCUCUUUUCCCAAACACAAGUAAGAUUCUUUUGUUACCUAUUGUGACAAAAAUGUGAAUAAAGCUGUGAUACCUAA